AUGAAAAAGGGUAGUAAAUGUUCUAGACAUGACUUGCAGAUUUUACAGAUAUUGAAUAUUCCGGCUUUGGUUCCUGAUAGGAAGUUUAUAAAGCUAGUUGUUUGGCAAAAGCCAGCUCAAGGGUGGUUUAAGUUGAAUACAGACGGUAGUAGUCUUGGUAACCCAGGUUCUUCAGGAAUGGGUGCUGUUCUGCAAGGUCUCAAAGCUUGUAAGGAUCUGGGGAUUGAUUUUGUGGAAAUUGAAUUAGAUUCUCAAGUAGUGAUCUCGUGGUGGAAUAGGCGAAGGUGUGGGGUGUGGUACCUGGAAGAUUUUUGGGAAGAGACUCUAGCAUUUAUGGAUUCUAUGGUGUGCAUAGUUAGACAUGUUUAUAGAGAGGGAACUAAAGUUGUUGAUUGGUUGGCACGGAGUGGUGCGACUGGAUUGAACUCUGAAUGGAGACUUCUCAGGGAUGUGCCUAGGUUGCUUCGAGGAUUAAUCCGUUUGGAUAUACUGGGUUUGCCAUCUUUGCGUUGCUGUUAG